AUGAUUAACGAAUUGAUUGAUUUCUAUUACAAGAAAGAGCUGCAUGAAGAAGCUCUAGAAUUGUUGGUAAAGCUGUCCAAAGAUUCUAACCUUCCUGAUUUGGUGGUGAAAUACUUACAAAAGCUCAAGAAUGAUAACCUAGGCUUGGUGCUAAAGUAUGCUGAUUGGCCAAUUUCUAUAAUGGAGUCUUAUGGUAUUGAAAUUUUCCUCAACUCUCAAUAUGCAGAAUCAUUUAAUAGGAAGCAAGUGAUUGAUUACUUGGCCUCAAAAUCACAAAACCUUGAGCGAAUUUAUCUUGAAUAUAUCAUUGUCGAACUUGGAGAUGAAACAAGGGUUUUCAACACAAGAUUGGUUGAGAUAUACUAUGAGUGUUUGAAGCAUGAAGAUGAUAAGCAAGACUCAAUAUACUACAAGAAGCUCUACACUUUUCUACAGUCAGGGAAUUAUGACGCGUCUCAAGUUUUGAAAAUGGUACC